AUGUCAGGCUUUCCCAUCAAUCGCCGAGCACUCGGAGCAGCUGCUGUAACUCUAGCGGGUCUUCCCGUCGCAGCUGCCGGGUUCCUGCGCCUUAAGUACGGCCCGACAGUCUUUGCAGACCUGGUGGCACGUCGACAACUAUUUCGUCUGUUCAAACAAUUAGAGGCAUUGGAGAAGAAGAACUUCAAAAUAAUUGAUUUCUUUGAGGCACAUGCGAGGGAGACUCCGGGGAAAGAGUUUGUCCUGUACAAAGAUGAAGUGCACACCUACGGUGAUCUUGACCGACAGGCCAACCAGCUCGCUCACCUCAUCCAGCGAAGCGCUGUGGCAGCCCCCAUGGACACGGUGGCAAUAUUCAUGCUAAACGAGCCCAGUUUCGUCCUGUCCUGGCUGGCUUUCAACAAGCUGGGUCUGAGAAUUGCGCCAUUGAACUACAACCUGAAAGGCAAUUCGCUUUUGCAUUGCAUCAAAGCCUGCAAUGUCAAGUUGAUCGCAUGUGGAAAAGGUAGGUUAGUUCAAGUCCCUCUUUCGUCAUCAAUCAAUCCGACCUUACAAUAUAUCUCAAACGUUAUUCUAAAUCAUCAACGAAAAAAAAAUGCUUUUAUUGCAGAUGAAAGUCUUCUGGAAGCCCUUGAGGACCUGAUGCCGGAGCUACAGACUCUAGGUAUUAAGGUCUGGGUCAUAGGGAGAAAUAUCACCCACAAUCUUCCGUUUGGAAUGAUUCCCGUUGAUGUGAUGGCAUUGGACGAACGGACUGAUCCCAUACCAAGAAGUGUGCGAGACCAACAACCUAACGGGGAUGAUGCAUUGUACAUCUUCACCUCAGGGACAACGGGUUUGCCCAAGCCAGCGAAGUUCCCACAUUACCGACAGGUUCGUUCAAGUUUCAUGCAAAUAUCGCUUAUGGGAAAGGACGACGUCCUGUAUACUACCCUCCCUAUGUAUCACAGCGCAGGUCUCAUCAUAGGCUUCUUAAAUAUUCUGAGAGCAGGAGGAUCUAUCGUUUUAAGUGACUUCUCCGCUCAUAGAUUCUGGGAUGAUCUCCGAAAAUUUCGAGCCACGAUCUUCCAGUACAUCGGGGAAACCUGCCGCUACUUGAUGGCUAAGCCACGGCGUAUAGAUGACGGCAAGUACAGUCACACAAUCAACUACGCCAUCGGAAACGGUCUUCGGCCAGAUAUUUGGGAAGCGUUCCAGAAGCGAUUCAACAUCGGGCGUAUCAUAGAAUUCUACGGAGCUACCGAAGCGCCAUUUGCUUCACUCAACAUGGACGGCAAAGUUGGGAGCGUUGGCAGAUACCACGGUAUUCAGCAGGCUUUGGAUGACGUCGUAAUCAUCGUUCAGUGUAAUGUAGAGACGGCUCAACCGCUUCGUGGUCCCGACGGCCUGUGUAUCAUCACACCUCCAGGUGAGACGGGUCUCAUGCUGUUUCGUCUCACCGAUAAGUUAAUUUUCCACGGUUACUUGGCGAAGAAAAGCGACCAGCAGAAGAAAAUCGUAAGAAAUGUCAAGAAGAACGGCGAUAGGUUCUUCAACACCGGAGAUCUGAUGAUCCACGACAAAGAUGGUUACCUGUACUUUAUGGACAGACUUGGAGAUACAUUUAGAUGGAAAGGCGAGAAUGUUGCAACUACAGAUGUAGCGCAUGUCUUGAACCUAUACACAGGCAUACAGGAAUCCAAUGUGUAUGGCGUCCAGGUACCAGGUCAAGAUGGCAGGGCAGGUAUGGCUGCCAUUGUCAUCAUAAAAGAGCGCCCCCUUGACCCGAAGGCCUUCUACGAUCACGUGGUCAGGUCACUGCCGCUGUACGCAUGCCCAAAGUUUCUGCGAAUCAUGAGCGAGAUGCAGAUCACGGGUACAUUCAAGCACAAGAAGACUGACCUAGCCAGAGAGGGAUUUGACCCCAACGUCAUCUCAGACCCUCUGUUCUUUAUGGAUACGGACAAGAAGACUUACGCGCCCUUAGACAAUGACGCCAUGAAGAAAAUUGUCAUUGGAAAAGCAAGGCUUUAGACUUAAAUGAAGAAGGAAAUAUUCAGGAAAAAAAAGAAGCCUGCGUGAUGAACUGCAAGAGAAAUGAAAUACAAUUGAAUGCCUAUUGGGUUGUAUCUGGAAGACACAGGUGAAAAGACGCUAAAGCCAGGAUAAAAGAUUUUUAUUAUUUUUGGCUUUUCGGCCAUCAGCCAUAUGUUUUUCUUCUGAUUAUUUUUCUUCUCAAGUUCUUAUUGUUUGAAUCCAAAUGCCAUACACUUUGUACACGACCUUUCUAAAUGGCACUUUCGACAGUUUCAUUGUUCAGGUUUUGAUCAAACUUUACAAAAUCAAGACCAUACAGCAAAGAGGGUCAGCGAAGAAUGGACUUCAUGAUGAAGUCAUAUCUUCAGAACUACAAGUCCCAUUGGGUUGAAACUUUGUGCGUAUAUAGUAAGGGAUGUGUUAUAGAUGAAAAUUGAGUUUACGUCAUGAUGCCGUCAUCAUUUAAUAUUUUCAUUGAUUUCCUUUUUUCAUUUCAUCUGCAUAUCUCACGAACAAAACAUGUUGCAUUCAACUUUCUUUUUGUAUUAGGUUUUUUAGGUCAUAGAUAUAUGCACACAAUUUUGAAAAAAAAUGUGUGACGUCAUCAU